CAAAUCGUUGCCGAUAUCGUACACAGAGCUCUCUCUAUGGAUCUUGAGAAGUCCAUAGAACGCGUGCUAAGAAAAACGAGUCUUUCCAUACAUUUAGUCUCAAAUUGGAAGUUGUACCAAAUUAGAUUAGCUGCGUGGGUGGGUGAUCUAUUGAGACAUACAGAGAAAAAAAUCAACAGAGUGCGGUUUUUGGUGGGCAAUGUUUAUACUUUUGGCCUGGCAGACGGUAGUGAAAGUGAAGUUCAAUGCUUCUCUGACUUCUUCUUAAUCUUGCCCACAUUACGUCAUCGUACGCACCAUUGGCGAUCAAUUGAAUUAGAAUUAACAUAAGAGAGGCAAUUUGUGUACCGAGUAGUGCUCAAUGUGUAGACCUGCUUCAAGGCUAAAAGCUUUAAUAAGACAUAUAAAAAACAUAUAAUUUUCUCAAAGAAUUGCAUAUGGAAAAAAUCCAUUUGUGUGAUCUCCUAAAGACAUCUGGAGGCGAAAAAAAUCUUUUUAAACAUUUUUGUAUGAAUAAAAAGUCAAAAGUCUAUAAAAACUGGAUGUGAGUGGUGUUAGUUUUUGGUGUCAAUAGCUGCGUGGUUUUUGUUUGCUCUGAAGAGGCUUUAAAGAGAUUUAAAAGAAAACUUAAUAAAGGAUUGUGAUACCCACAGCUUAAAGAAAAAUGGGGAAUGCUUGUUCUUGCUGCAAAUGCCAGUGCGGUUCAUCUUUUAAGAAACUCUGGUGGCCAAAUGAAGAAAAAUCAGCGGAUAUUGCGUUUCCUCCAGCGCACCUUGUCACCAAUAGCGACCAAUUAGACUCACCUGGUGGUGGGGGCGAUGUCUUGACGGUGCGUCAUGUGGAUCUCUGCCUGGAGCAGAAUGGCACAGAUCAUCGCACGAAGCGUUUUGAGCUCAUGCAACGUGAUGCCGUGCCAGGUGAAACGUCGCAGCUCGUUGUACGCCGCGGGCAGCCAUUUAGGCUCCGUAUAGCCUGCCACAGGCCAUUUGAUCGCAACCGCGACAGUCUGAGCUUCUCCUUCAUCAUACACGAUGAAAAUCGCCCGGGGCAGACGCAUGGAUCUGCCCUCAAAUACAAUGAGAAUAAUCUCGGAGAUCCUCAUGAGUGGGGAGCUGCACUUUCGCGGAUUGAAGGAGACAUCCUUGAUGUACUGGUUAAGGCUCCAGCAUCUGCACCAGUUACCUUCUGGCGCGUAGAGAUCGAUACGAGGCUCAACUCAGGCGGUGCUCGUACUUUCGUCUUCCGCAAUCCCAUUGUGAUCCUCUUCAAUCCCUGGUGCCCAGACGAUGAUGUUUUCUUGCCUGAUACACGCCUUCUAGAUGAAUACGUUCUAGGUGACACAACUCUCAUCUGGCGUGGAUCCUACAACCGUUUGAGACCCUCAGUAUGGAAACUGGGUCAAUUCGAUCGGUAUGUCUUGGAAUGUGCCCUCCUGGUAAUUGCUGAAGUUGGAAAAGUUUCUGGAUCACAUCGUGGGAAUGUUGUUAAAGUCUCAAGGGCCUUAGCAGCUGCUGUUAAUUCCCCAGAUGAUGAAGGUGUUGUUCUUGGGAACUGGAGCGAAGAUUUUUCAGGAGGAGUUGCUCCCACAAAGUGGGUUGGUUCUGUUGAGAUCCUGCAGAAGUUUUACAAGAAGAGAAAGCCAGUCAAGUACGGGCAAUGUUGGAUCUUUGCUGGAGUACUGACGACAAUUGCAAGGGCCUUAGGUAUCCCAAGCAGGAUUAUAACAAACUACGCAUCUGCUCAUGACACCCAUUCAUCAAUGACCGUUGAUUACUUCGUAAACGAAGAAGGAAAGGUGAUGGAAGAAUUGAAUUCAGACUCCAUUUGGAACUACCACGUUUGGAAUGAAGUUUGGAUGGAACGAUCGGAUUUAGGGUAUGGCCCUUCUGGAGACUACGGUGGUUGGCAGGUUGUAGAUGCUACACCACAGGAACUAUCAGAUCAGAUGUACCGCUGUGGUCCAGCUCCUGUGAAAGCAGUCAAAAUGGGAGAAAUAACGAAGCCCUAUGAUUGUGAUUUUGUCUACUCAGAAGUCAAUGCGGACAAGCUCUUCUGGCGCUAUGCAGGCGUGAAUCAACCGCUUAAGUUAAUUCGUAAAGAUGUUCUCGGGAUUGGGCAUUUUAUCAGCACAAAAGCCGUUGGAGAAUGGAAACGAGAGGACAUAACGAAAUCGUACAAAUUUGAUGAGAAAACCGAUGAAGAACGUGCAACAAUGCUUAAAGCUCUCAAGCAGGCUAACAGUGUCUACUCCCGAUACUACCUUAAUGAAGACUUUAACGACGUUCACUUCAACUUUGAACUGCGAGAUGAUAUUGUUAUUGGACAGAACUUUACAGUGGUGCUGGAGAUAAAGAACAAAUCAUCCCAUAAAACACACUUUGUAACAGGAAGCUUGCACAUUGACUCCGUUCACUACACAGGCAAGCAUAGAGAAUCAAUAAAAAUUGUAAAGUUUGAACGGGAGCUAAAGCCAGGUUCUAUGGAAGUCAUUCGAGAUGAAGUUGUCUUCAAUGAAUACUACGGAAGACUUUUGGAUCAAUCGGCCUUCAAUAUUUCCUGCUUGGCUUCAGUUAAGGAUACCGAGUUUGACUACUUUGCCCAAGAUGACUUCAGGGUAAGGAAACCUGAUAUAAAGAUCACCUUCCAGGGUAAUCCCGUGUCCAGAGAACCCGUUGAUGUGAUCAUUCGACUCAAGAAUCCUCUUCCAAUGCCGCUGAAGAAAGGAGUCUUCCACGUCGAGGGUACGGGGCUAGAUCAUCCCCAAGAAUUCAAAAUUGCUGAAGUUCCCAUUGAUGGCACUGCAGCUGCAACAUUCAAGUACACCCCACCCUAUGCAGGACGUGGAGCUCUAGCUGCCAAAUUUACAUCCAAAGAACUAGACGAUGUCGAUGGUUUCUUGGCUUUUGAGACCCAGCCUAGACCUGAAGACGUUCUCAUGAGCAAUGGAAGUCACCCGAGGAUGAAUGAGGUGAUUUCCAGGAGGGAUGUGAUCCCCUGAGAUUUAUCAACGUGAAUUAGAUCAGAGAUUAGAUUAUUUCUGCCAGUAAAAGCUUAAAGAGUUUUCCGCAAAAAAAACUCAACUGUUGCCAUUAAAUGUGACUUAAAUCAUGCAAUAAACUAUCCUUAUAUUUUUCUUACCAACAUUUUUAUACGAAAAUAAAUUAACUGGUUAGAUAAACAAUGCAAAAUGUGCUUUUAAUAAAACAUUUGAAGGUAUGUAUUAAAUAGGGGAGAAUAGGCAAAUUAGGACAUGUUUGAAGUAGUUCUUAAACAUUUUUGAGGCAGUAUUAAUUUUUUAUUUGAGGCUUGAAACGGAUACAAAAAUUAAAAUUAAAAAAAAAAAUACUUACCGUUCUUAUUAUAUUUCUUAAAGUUAUGUUUUUGAAUAUUUAUUCUGAAAUAAAAAGAUUUUUUUGGAUUUUUUAAAAAAUUAAAACGAAAGAAAUUUACAAAAUAAUAUGUAAUUAAAUAAUAAUUCAUAAAUUAUAUGCAAAAUAAUCAAAAAAAAUUCUGAAGGGGAAUUAAAAUUAAUUCAUUCUGUCCAAACUCUCCUCUAGCUAAGUCAGAAAAUAAUAUUAUAUAUGAAGCUCAAUUCUAUGAUCAAAAUGAAUUAAAUUCACAGAUUUAUUUUCAAAAUUUGUAUGACGAAGAAAAUAAAGAAAAUUGUUUAUCUAAA